UCUGUUCUGAAUAGUUUUCCAGCUCUAGUCAACGCCGCCUGACUCCAAAUUAAAAGUUAUAAAAUCGCAACAAAACGCAGGAGCAAAGUGUGCACAAUGAGCGAGCAGAAAACGAGUGGGUUGUCGGCCCUUCAGAAAAUCGAGGCGGAAUACAAGACUAAACUUCAAGAAUGGCCUCGCUUCUACAAGGAUAUUUGCGAGACCUGCGACCGGGAAGCGAAGGAAAAACAGUUCAGCACUUUAGAAUCGGAACGUCACACAAAUCGCGGGCUGAAUCGUUAUCGGGAUGUUAAUCCCUAUGAUCAUUCCCGCAUUGUUUUGAAGCGCGGCAGCGUGGACUACAUCAAUGCCAACCUGGUUCAGCUGGAGCGCGCCGAGCGUCAGUACAUCCUGACCCAGGGACCGCUGGUUGACACAGUGGGCCACUUCUGGCUGAUGGUCUGGGAGCAGAAUUCCAGCGCCAUUCUCAUGCUCAAUAAGCUGAUGGAGAAGAAGCAGGUUAAGUGUCACCUCUACUGGCCCAACGAGUUGGGAGCUGAUAAGGCCCUAAAGUUGCCCCAUGUCAAGCUCACGGUGGAGCUCAUCCGCUGCGAGACUUACCAGAACUUUGUGCGACGGUGGUUCAAAUUAACCGAUCUCGAAACGCAGCAGAGUCGAGAGGUGAUGCAAUUCCACUAUACCACAUGGCCGGACUUUGGCAUACCCAGCUCGCCAAAUGCAUUCCUCAAGUUUUUGCAGCAGGUGCGCGACUCAGGAUGCCUGAGCCGCGAAGUGGGUCCGGCGGUGGUGCACUGCAGCGCCGGAAUUGGGCGCUCAGGCACUUUCUGCCUGGUUGACUGCUGCCUGGUGCUGAUCGAUAAGUACGGCGAGUGCAAUGUGUCCAAGGUGCUUUGUGAGCUGCGCAGCUAUCGCAUGGGCCUGAUCCAGACCUCCGACCAGCUCGACUUCUCCUACCAGGCGAUCAUCGAGGGCAUCAAAAAGCUGCACGAUCCCACUUUUCUCGACGCUGAGGAACCCAUUAUCAACAAUGACACAGAGACUCACACACUGGAUGAGCAGCCGCCGCCUCUGCCACCACGCGUUCAAUCGCUGAACUUGCCACUGGCCCCCAAUUCUGGCGGCGUUCUUUCGCUUAAUAUGCGUGCAGCCCAUGCCAAUGGAGCUGAGGAUAUCGUCGAACUGCUCGGCGACAAGCUGAGCAAGGAUGCCCUGAACAACUUCAUCAAUCAGCACGAUAUAAUCCACGAUGCCGAGGUGGCCGACAGCCGUCCCUUGCCGCCGCUGCCCUCAAGGCCGCUGAGAGCUCUUAACGAAUCGGACAGCGAUGAGGAUUACUUGCUGGAUGACGACGAGGAGGAUGAAACAGAUGAGGAUGAGGAGUACGAGACCAUUAACGAACACGAAGCCGAGCCAGUUAAUGGUCAUGUGACGACAACACAGCCACACGCCGACGACGUUAAUGCCAACAACGAGAAACCAGCAGCGCCAGCCGGCGAACAAAGCAAGGCCAACGGCAUCGAUACAAUUCCAGGCCAACUCCCAGCCAGUCCUGAAAACGAGCUGAAGCGACGAAAACGCAACGAAUACCAGGCCAGUCUGGAGCAGAAGGUCAACGACAUCAAGCGAAAGCAGCGGGAAAACGAGGACAGCCAGCUGGCGGCAAAGAAACGAAGGUCAUUAAUCACAUAUAUUGCCGCUGGUGUUGUGGUGGGCGUGAUCUGCGCCUACGCAUACACGAAGCUAGGUUAAGUGCCCCCGUAGCCACUAAGUAGUCGUAGACCAGUAGUAGCAAUAGCUGUAUGACGUAUUUAGUUGUCGUAGGACACCGAUUCCCCUGAUACCCGAUUUCCGACCACCGAUCCUCACCAGCUCGUCCGCCUGGCCUGGCAUCUAAUGUGGGCACAAAUCAAGGGCGAGGCAAGGAUCGGAUAGGAUCAGAGAUCGGAUGGAAUCGCAUCGCAAUCAUCCACGGAUUGCGGAUGGCGGAUUGAGCUGAACGAACGAUACACGAUGCAUAAAUAUUAGGGAAUUUUUAUAUAUGAAAAACAAAAGAAACACGAGAACAUGCAACUUAACUUAAACGAGAGUCGGGUAGAAAUCACGUAAAAUGUAGAUUUUGCGCAAUAGACUGACAUUUUAGAACAAAUUUAUUUUCUACACUCUUAAAAUGGAUUGAUGACAGACCAGAGUUCCCGAUAGAAUCACACCAAAAUCUAAAAUUUACCUUAAUCGCUCGCUAUGCAAUAAAUUUGAUUAUAAAUAUUAUAAUUAUCAACGAUUCAAGCACCCCCAAGUCCACUCACACGCUUCACUUGUUGUUGUACAGCAAUUUCUUAUAGCAUACGACCUAUGUAUAUUAAUUUAUGAAGAUUUAUGAGAAACAAACACUUGUUGUAGUUCAUGGCAAAAUAUAUAAAGUGCAGCAAUGUGCCAAAAAGAAACAAAAUAGAGUAUGAAAAAGCCCUUCAUGACUUUUAAUUUAACUUUGCCAUCCCGCCCCAUACUAACUUUGAAUUGUUGUGUUUAAAAUUACGUUCGUCUUUAAAAUGCACUCUAUUGAAACAAACGAUAUGCAGCUCCAUUUAAGCAAUAUUAUAAACAAGAGCAAAGUACACCUAUAUCUCGUUUAACGCUUUAAGGGGUUUUAUAAUCAAAAUUUUUCAUUUUAAUCCUGACCCGAACCAAUAAAGUGAUUAUUUUCCAUUAUGUAAUUUUGGACUUGGCUAGUUGCUUAUUAAAUUAAAUUAAAGUAUAUUUUAUGAAGUCGCUAAGCGAAGUAUAGGUGUAUAAUGUAAUGAUUAUAAAAUGAACAAUGCAGGUUUUGCUAUAGCAAAAUCAUUUUGUAUUUAACAAACGAAGGGGAAUAAGGAAAGGCUAUUCAAUGGUUUUUCCAGUAGAGUAAGUGUGUAACCCCAAUCCCCAAAAAACAUAUUUAUAAUAACGUGUAGCGUGAGAGAAUGCAAAGAUACGACAUGAAUUAUUUUUUAUAUGUGUAAACCACAAUUUAACGAAAUUCAAGUAACCACCCACAAAAGCGAGGCAGUACGAAAAGAAAUCGGAUGAGCCAAGGAGGAUAACUAAUAAACGAAAAUACAUAUUUAUAUUAAUUAUAUUUAACAGUAACAACAUGAACAAUACCUAUAGUAAUGCCUAGUUAACUGAACGUCGGCUAAGUACACACCAUCCAUACACUGAAACAAAUCGAACACCACACAACACAAGUACUAUAUAUAAUGCCUAUGAAAGAAUGAAAAGAGAAGUGAGAGAAAGUAUUCAAAUAAAGCUAUUCAUAUAAGACACAACAAA